ACACCAAAUGAUUUUUUCCAGUAGUAGUGAAUGCCAGGCACGAAAUGCUCACAUCAAUUGAGCACUUUUCGUACAGCAAGGCAAAAUAUUUACGGAGUUUUCUCUGAAAUCGCCUCGAAGGUGACAAAAUACAAGUCCCCCAAUGCGUGCCUGGCCACGAAAACGACAUCGAGUUCUUCCCAAAUUGUGAACGUUAUUCAUGUAUUUUGUGUCAGUCCACUGAACAGUACAGACUGACUUUCGAGUGUAGUUGAUGGCAAUAAAUAGUGCUGAAGGUGUGAAAUUGAAUGUGAAGAACGUCAGACAAGUGCAUUUUCCGCAUGAAAUGUCGCGGUAGAUAAAUAGACAAUUUGUGAAUAUACAUUUAUUUGUGGAAAAGCCCAAAGAAAGCACUAUACCAACUUCAGAGCUGUGAAGCAAUACAGAGGCAAAUUGAUUUCUGACACACACUCGUAAACAUCUCACAAAGUGCUGUCUAAUCUAAAGCUUUACAUAAUUUUAUAGCGAUGACAAUCAGAUUCGCAAAUUAGAUUAAUGAAGGGAAAAUCAAUAGAAUUGUGAUAUUGUGAGGAAUACACAUUUCUCUGCUUUUGCAAUCCAAAGUGUGAUUUUUGCCAUAAGAAGCAAGUCUUCCAGCAAGUCAUUAAUCUCGCCAACUGACAAUAUAACCACUGGACACUUUGCUCAAAUGAUUUCUCUCUUUAGAGUAGAAUAAUAAUAGCUCUUUAUGUGAAAUGCACAAGUGAUUCUUUCACUUGAGAUGUGAUUUAAAGAAACCAAAACGUAUUGCAGUUGACGCGCCAGUAGCGAACAUACAAAGCUUUAAUAAGAAAAUUAGAAAUCGUGCGCUAGAAUGUUUCUAAACAAUUUUCCCAUAAAUGCCAACGGAAUAUUCAGACUAGAAAUAAUGAGAGAGAAACUCAGACGAAUGCCAAAGAAACAAAAGAUAAUCGCAGUUGCUGCAUGGUUUGCUGUGAUCGAAUGUGGCUGGUUUCCUCACAAGCAGCGUGAGUUCCAGUGCAAGGACCCAUCGUUGUCCUUCAAGUACAAUGGAGAUACGAUUACAGCGGCAGUUAUUGUCUUAUCAACUUUUAUUCCAUUCUUCAUUUUAUGGGUCACCGAAGCUUUCUAUGCAAAACCCACAAACCUGAAGCUUUCACGGACCAGAACUUCGCUGAAGAAGGCUUAUUAUUGGUUUAAGAAGUACUACAUAGGCGUGAUAAUGAAUUUAGCAAUAGUUGAAACCCUUAAAGUUAUCGUUGGAGGUCUUCGUCCUCACUUCUUCUACUCUUGCCGUCCCGACGUUAUGGACGUCUGCCAACCUGGAGAAAUCAUUUUCCGCUACACGUGUAAGAACACUGUCGAUAGUUUAGCUUUCGUCAGAGACAGUCAGAAGUCCUUCCCAUCUGGACAUUCGUCAUUGGCAUUCUUCGAAGCGAUUUUCCUGAUUUGGUACUUCCAAAAGAGAAUUCCCAAACUGCGAUGCAUGCUGUUAAUGCCUCUUAUUUACACCCUCUGCAUUUCUUGGGCGUGCUUCGCAUCUGUCUCAAGAAUGACUGAUCAUCGACAUCAUUGGUUUGAUGUUCUGGCUGGAGUAAUUUUAGGAAUAAUAUUGGCAUAUUUCACGUGCAAAGUCAUGUGCAACAAUUUUAGAGGUUGCAGGAAUAAUACAAACUCUGAUGUAGCAUCCCAAAAUGGAGUUCUGGCGAAAAAUUCCCUCAAAGAUCGCGAAGAGACAACUCUGAGUACUAAUUUAAGUGCAGUAUAACACACAUUUUUAUAGAGAAGAUUGAGAAAUACUUUCUCACUUGUCUGUGAUACUCAAAACUGUAUUAUGAUCAUUACCUAUUGCCUUUCAUCACACAAUUCAUUAUAUCAUAUCAGUAGUAAACUCUCGCAUUUUUCCAUAAGAUUAAGCCAAUUGAUUUUGACUUUUGAUAGUAUUAUGGGUAUUAUGUUUCAUAAGAGUAAGAACAUCCUUUUAUCACGUAGACUGGAUACUAGAGAUUCCACAAUUAUUAUUUUCCUUUAAGUAAGUCACAAGCAUAGUCAACUAGAAAGACAGUCUUGUAUACAAACUUUCCAAGAAAUGUAAUAAAAAAAACUGCAUAUGCAGAAAAAGGUGAACAUGCGAAUAAAAUAAGCGAUAUUAUCGAAA